UUACUCCUUGGGUACGUACAGGGUUAAGAGCACGUCAAGCUUGACACUUAAGACUUAAAUCCAACUCUAUGCCGCAUGCCGCUUACGAUAAGAAUGGUCCAAAGUGCAAAGAGUCAAGCUUGAUAUGCUCUUGACUGUACGUAUGUUACAAUACACAUACUCUGAAUAAUUAAUUAUUAGGCUUCUGGUUUAGCCAAAGCCUCAAUAAAUUACAAAAAAACAAUCUGACAGUUGGCUGGCUCAUCAUUGUCAAAAAUUUUCAAGGUUAUUCGAUCGCGUGGUGCUUAAUUUUCUGUUUAGUUAUUUUGUAAUAAUCAAGGCAUCAAAUUUUGCAAUAUAAUAACUUGAACAGAAAAAUUAUUCCUCGUAGAACAGUAUUGGAUCAGAAUGGAUUGGGAUCUCAAAUAUGGGGAGCUAUCUAAGGACGCGGAUUUCGUAAACAAUUGUGAGAAUUUGAAACAGAAUUUAAUCGAAGUGCAAAAAGUUUUGGAUCAGCUGCUCCCGCUCAAGGAACAUUAUGACAAACUGGCACUGCCCGCGCAGAUCGAGCUCGAUUUGUUCCUCGCAUUUGCCUUAAACUCGCUGCAUUGGAUUAAUUUGAGGAUACAAGGCAUCGAUCCAAUGAAACAUCCCAUAAAAGAUGAGCUCCAACGAAUAAAAGCUACGAUGGUCAAGUGGCAGGAAGUCAAGGACCGUGAGAAGAGGCCCACAGUGGAUAUAGAAGCGGCGAAACGGUUUGUUAGAAGUGGCCUUUAUGAUCCUUACAAAGCUACAGCCAAGCCACAGAAUAAAAAGAUACGAUUUGAAGAUAAUGACGAUUAGUUACUAAAAUUCUUGUAUGCUUAAGUUGUAAGUCACUGUAAAGACUGAAGAGUUGUUGAGAAUUGUUUGUUACAGCAUGGUAUUGUUUGUAGGUCUCUUAAGUUAGGCUAGAGUUAUUUAUACUGAUUUCAGGGGUGUUACCUUGAUCAUCUCACAUUCUUUGUUUUGUAAUCACUUUGGUAUGUUUGUAAUGCAUUAAUUUUAAUUCUGUACAUAUAACAAAAAUAAGGGUU